UUCCAGUGUUGUUUAGUGUUCAUUCCUUUGGUUGCCAAUAAUGGAGAAACUGAAGCAAGCAGUGAAAGAGAUCGCCUACUACCGACACCAAGCUAAGUUUUCCAAGCUUCAUCUCUCGCUUAUUCCUUUCCUCUCCUUAGCUUCGUCUCUCUACGGCGCCCUUCUCUAUAUUCGUCAGUCUCUUUACCGCUCUGGUUUCUUCUCUAAGAACAGGUUGCCAGUGCCGGUAAUCAGUGUUGGGAAUUUGACGUGGGGAGGAAAUGGAAAGACCCCAAUGGCUGAGUUCAUAGCUAAACGCUUAGCUGAUUAUGGAAUUUCACCUCUCAUUUUGACGAGGGGCUAUGCCGGUGGAGAUGAAGCUAAAAUGCUAAAAAGGCAUCUACUUGGGGGACCUGUAAAAGUUGGUGUAGGUGCAAAUCGGGUGGCCACUGCCAAUUUGUUCUUUGAAAAAUAUGGAUAUGUUGAUUACCGUGGUAGUAAAUUCUUUGAGAGAACCUAUCUUGACCCAAAAAUGGGAAGUCAUGUUGGUUCACAAAAAAUUGGUGCAGCAGUUUUAGACGAUGGUAUGCAGCAUUGGAGCUUAUGUCGUGACCUAGAGAUUGUAAUGAUUAACGGACUAAUGCCUUGGGGAAACUGCAAACUACUUCCUCUUGGACCCUUAAGAGAACCUUUAAUAGCAAUCAAACGUGCCAAUAUUGCUGUAGUCCAUCAUGCUGACCUGGUGUUGGAACAAAAGCUCAAAGAUAUCAAGUUAGUGGUUCAAGAAAUCAAGGAGUCACUUCCUAUUUUUUACACCAGAAUGACUCCCUCAUAUUUCUUUGAACUGAGAAAUAUAAGCACAAAGAUGCAUUUGGGAGCUGUGCUCGAUGCAGUUGUCUUAUGUGUUUCUGCAAUCGGUUCUCCCUAUGCUUUUGUGCGGGCGAUGGAAAAGAUAGGACCAUUAUUUGUCGAUCGAUUUGACUUCAGUGACCAUUACUCAUUUCAACUUAAGGAUAUUCAUAUGAUGAGAGGGCGGCUUAGACAACUCGAGGACAAGUUUGGUUAUAAGCCAAUUGUUAUAGUUACAGAAAAAGACUAUGAUCGAGACCCUGAGAUUCUGAAACAUUUGCAUCCUUUCAAAGUUCUGGUACUCUGUUCUGAAAUGCAGAUUAUACCUUGUAACGGCUGCAAUGAGGAUAGCUUCAAGUCGUUAUUGAAGGAGCUACUGGAAGUGUAAAUGCGUAUCAGAAAAAUUAAUUGUAUUGGCCCUGCACCAAAACAAGACAAAUAGCAUAGACGCAAAGAUUUUGUCGAGUUCUCCAGAUAUGUAGGAAGAAGACAAUCAAGAGGGCUUGAAACAAAGCGUGAACGCAAGUGAGAUAGGUUGAGUCAGUGGUGAUCCAUUUGGCAUCUUUAUGUUGCAAAGAGCUCCACGCCUCUUAUCCUUUGAAAGCACUCAUUUGUGGUGGUACAUCAGACCAUCAAUAGAUAAAAACCAUGGUCCCAUCUAUUGUUCAUUGAGCUGCGUCAAAGUGUCUCCACUGGCUAGCCUUCCACCAACCAACUUGCCGUUGUGGAUCAAUGGUUAUAGUGGGGGGUUGUGCCAGCUUUCCAAUUUCAUUUUGUCCAUAAAAGAACAAUGGUUUUCUUCAAUUAUAACAGAUAUUUGGUCAAA